AUGCCACUUGCUGACCGUGAUGUAGAACUCAAGCAGUCCGGGGAGGACGAGACUGAUGCCGAAAGUCUGGUCGGCAUCGGCCUGGACAGCUGCGUGCUCAAGACUCGCUACCCAGACAUGCAUCUCGUUCAGAUCAAGGAUGUCAUGACGCCGGAACAAGUGAAGCGCACGUAUGAUAUGGCCAUGGCUUCAAUGGCCAAAUUGAAUCGCCGGGCCGCAGGUCUAAUGCGCAAGUACGGCGCGCAUGGCGCCACAGAUGUGACUGGUUUCGGCAUUCUCGGCCAUGCGCAAAACCUAGCCGAGGCCCAAACGGCCGAGGUCGACUUGGUCCUUGACAUGUUGCCCACUCUGUCGGAUGGCAUCACCUUUGCCAUCAAAAUGAUCCACGAAGACCACCCCUCCGAUGGGACCCUGGCCAACAUGGCCGCCGAUGUCGAUGCUGAAGCCCUUCUUGCUGAACACUACGCCCUGGGACG